AUGAAUUCAUUAGGGUAUUGGGAUAAUAUAAGUUUUGGAAUUAACAACUCUACCAAUAACACAGAGGGUACUGCUGAUCUGUUUAGCCGACUAGAUAAUUCACAUGAUACACAACAUCAUCAGAGUAAUGAAGUUUUAGAAACGCAAAUGUCUGAAUCACACCACGACUCCACUAAUCUAGGUAUGCAUCAGCAUGAGGUGCAAGUACAACCACCAUUUACACCCGAAGAGAUACGUGAUUCGAUAAGGUCUAGCUCCCUAGCCAAUGAUCAAUCAAGCAGAAUUCACCAUGCUUUUAUGCAACUGAUUGACGAGGAUGACGAGGAUGAAGAUGAACGACUCGAAGGUUCAUUCAAUAGAAUCGCUCAAAGCGGUGUCCAGUCUGGCAAUGAUCCUAUUAUGACUGAAGGAGUGGCAGAUGUUGGUGAUCAACUGAUUGACCAUGAUAUGAUUGGUCAUCGUACAACGUCGAGUCAUCACAAUUAUGAAGCUGUUGAUGAUCGACACACGCUGCAAAUGGAUGACUCGUCAACUCAACCAAGUUUAGAGCAGAUCCAACGAGUGUACUACAUGAAGGGUUUACAAGAAGUUGAAGAUUUACAAUUGGUUGAUUUAUCACCAUUGGCAACUUGGAAAUUGUCAUCCUAUAAACAAGGAUUCGGUUUGGCACAGUUGCGAGAAGAUAAUCCUGAAACGUACUGGCAAAGUGAUGGAAGUAAUGGUGGUAAUAAUACCAACCCUAAUAGUUCAGCAUUGAUGAAUAAUCACUUAGCCAAUCCACAUUCCAUAACUAUCCAUUUUAUCAAGAAAGUUGCGCUAGAGCGAAUAUCAAUAUUCACCAAUUACUCACUUGAUGAAAGCUAUACACCUAGUAAGAUUAGAAUCAUGGCUGGUAGCAGUGAAGGGUGGGACUUGAUCAAAGUUUGCACAGUCAAUUUCAACCAACCUAUUGGGUGGUCUCAUAUAAUAUUCAAUGGCAUCAGAAAUGAUGGGGUAUUGAAGUGCUUCAUGGUGAAGAUAUUCAUAUUGGCGAAUCAUCAAGAAGGUAAAGAUAGCCAUAUUAGAGCUAUAAGGUGCUACGGUAAAAAAAAUGUACCGCAAAAGAUUCAGCCCAUGCAGGUGGAUUCUAAACCGGUGGAGCAUCUUGGUCAUUCUGAUCUAUUGAAGGAUUUGAGUUUAGCUAGUGGAUCUAGUAGCAUGUCUGGUGUACUGCUGAGCUCUAGAGUGGAGUUGGAGUCCAAAGAUGGUCUCGAUUUGCAAGAGGAAGGCGGAGAAAAUCAAGAGGACAUCAUACCCGACAGUCCUGAUACUGAAACUGCUAAAAUUCUACAAAAUGUUAACACAGUAUUGGGUAACAAUACCGGUUUUCAAAGCAUCGAACUUAAAAGUGUUUCAUCAAUUAGAUAG